GCUGACAAGUAAAAUGUAGGAAAAAUGCAUUGUAUAUAAGCGUGUAAUUCAGUUUCUCUGCAACAGAAUUGUGUAUCUUCGUCACUGACAACGACCACUGCAAGUUUUUGGGAAAAUGAAACUGAUUUUACUGACGGCGUUCAUCGCCGCGGUAGCAUCGUCUGCUCAUAUUGAGACCAACACCUGGCCUUGGAAGGACAAGUAUGAAUACCACUACAACAUAGACAGCUACACCUGGGCUGCUUAUGACAACAGCAAGAACAUCGGCAGUGCUUUUAAGACCAAGUUCACAGUCCGCGUCAUUGCACCAGGCCACCUCAUAGCUAAACUGAGCAAACCACAGUACGCAAAACUUGAGGAAGAGAAAAUUUCAUUCACUGAAAUACCUUCCGACAUCAAGUAUCAACCUAUUGAGAUUUUCGACGAAGCCUUUGACAUAUUCGUUGAAGGAGGUCGUGUUAAAUCAUUGACUGUCCCUAAAACUCUCUCCGUGGCUCACGAAAACUUGCUCAAAGGUCUGGUCAGCGCUCUUCAAGUGGAUUUGUCCACUAAUGGCUACGUUCCCGACUUCCCCAACUACUAUGACAAAGAGACACACCAAGGUCUUUUUAAGAAGGUGGAAACUGAUGUCAGUGGCGAAUGUGAGACCAUGUAUACCGUUGCACCUCUUUCUGUGGACUGGCAUCGCGAAUUACCUAAAUUUAAUAUAGAGGAAGAUCCUUUUGAGGUAAUUAAAGAGAACAACUACGGUUCAUGCAAGAAAUACGCCACGUUCCAAUAUGGUGUGCCACAGGGUGCACUCUGGCAUGGCAUUGCGACUGAAAAUGAAGAGAAGCAAUUUAUCAAGCACACGACGGAAGCUCGCUAUGUUGUUGGUCAGAAAGGCACGAUUUAUAAAUCAGAAACUAUAAGCACCGUUUUCGUUAGUCCUCUUCUGUAUGGUAAGCAAAAGGCUGAACUUUACAGUUACGUAAAAGUCAUGCUUGGAUACGCUCAAUGGAUAAGUGAAGACGAUGAGUGGGAAAAGGCUGAAGAAGUUCGCCAAGUUGAUUCCCUGAUAUUAACAAUGACUGAAUCCAUGUUCUUCCCCAAAGCUAGUGAACAAAGUAUUGCCAAUGCUCAAAAAUUACUGCAAGAUAUGACUCCUUUGCUGCAAACACCGGAUAAAUUACCAAAAGCUGAUUUCCUUUCAAAGUUCAACGUGCUCGUGCGUUUAAUUAUUUCUUUCAAUAAGGAACAGCUGAAAGAGUUGACCAGCAGCGUCGAAAUUGCCAAGUCCUCGAAGAACAUUGCUAAGGCUAAUAUGUGGACAAUUUAUAGAGACGCCGUCGCGCAAGCGGGAACCAUACCCGCAUUUGAACAAAUAAGGUUUUGGAUAACAGAGAAAAAAGUACACGGAGAAGAAGCAGCUCAGUUAAUUUCUGCUAUCGCCUCGUCUCUUCGUUACCCUACGAUGGACGUCCAAAGGAAAUUCUUCGGCCUUGCAACCAACCCUGAAGUAAUGAAGGAACCAUCUUUAAAUAAUUCUGUUCUGUUAGCAGCUACCAAAUUUAUGCGAUUCAGUAAAGAACACGCGUUUGUUGAGGAAACCGUCAUUCCACACCUUUUCAAAGAAUUGAAACAGGCUGUAGAAAUUGGAGACUCCAAUAAAGCACAAGUUUACGUGCGAGCUCUUGGUAAUCUGGUCCAUCCAGCCGUCCUGAAAGGGUUUGCUCCUUAUUUGGACGGUACCGUUAAAGUAUCUAAGUACCUUCGUGUACAAAUCAUUGCCAGUCUUAAGCCGUUGGCAAAUACUAAAAAUGAGAACGUAAGAGCUGCACUUUACAGCAUUUUGGUGAAUACUGCUGAGCCUUACGAAGUGAGGGUCAUUGCCGCGCUGAAUAUUUUCAUGGCUGUUCCUACACCAGAGAUGAUGCAAGUAAUGGCACACAUGACGAACAUCGAUCCCAGUACACAAGUACGAGCUGUUCUGGCCAACGGUAUUAAAUUCGCAGCCAAAUUGAAAGAUCCUCGCUUCAGUGAUCUAGCUAAAACCGCUCAGUCCGUGAAGUACUUAGUCUCGGAAGAGAAGUAUGGAUACCGCCUAUCGACAGACAGCAUCAUCGAUGAGUACACGAGUGAGGAUGACAUUGCAUACUUCAGAGAACUGUCGUACAUCGGCAGUGAGGAUAACUACUUCCCUUUGUACCACAGGUCAGCCUUGAGGUCCAGAGGUACUGGUGUCACUGAAGAAAGUCAGGUAACUUUGUCUGUAACUGGAGUCCAACAGUUGUUAGAGUACAUCAUAGGAAUGAUGUACGAGCCAGGGAAGGUGAAGGCUGACCUAAAGUUCUCGGCCAAGGAACUCGCUGAAAAACUAAACAUUAAACCCAAGUCUUGGGAUCCACUUGAGGGCUCAAUGUUCCUGGAAAACCUAAACCAACAGAAACUCAUCACCUUUAACGAAGAAGAUCUUAAAGCUUUUAUUGCUAACCUGAUUCAAAAUGCGGAGCAGUUGUUGAAGGGAGUCGAUGUCCAAUACACUAAAGUAUUGAACCACAAACAAACCUACGUGGCGUUCCCCCUGGCUUCUGGUGUGCCAUUCUACUUCGAGUACAAUGAACCCUUAAUGCUUUCAUUUAAUGGCAAUGUGAAAUUCCAAUUCGAAAAGACAAGCAACCAGUUUUACGUGCACAAAAAUAUUGACUUUACCUACGCAAGAAACUUGGAUGGCAGUCUUGGUUUCUUAGACAUGCUCAAAGGAGAAUACGCAGCUGUUGGUGUAAUAAACAAGCUCCAACUCCAUUUCCCCGUCAAUCUGAAUACACAUAUAUUGCCAAAACAAAUUAAAUUGAAUUUCGUUCUACCAGAACAAGACGCCACUUUAGUUCAUUGGAGCGUUUGGCCAUACACUACUUGGCAAAACGUAGAUUCUCUAUUGACAGUAUCUGAGACCACCGCUACCAAAUACAUCGAACGUCCUGCUAAAGUUCUAUCAGUUGAUACGAAGAUAGGUUCCUCAGUCGGUCUCUCCUAUCAUGUUCAAGGCUACUCUUAUUCAUCUGAUGCUAAAGAACUGAAUAAAUUAUUUGAUGCUGACUUUUUGACAAAUUUCGGUGAAUUACUGUACCAAAAAGACGUCGCUUUAAGUCAAUUCAAUUUCAAAUAUAUCGCUAAGGAGUGCGAGAAUAAGGAUAUCACCUUAAACUUAUUCUACGAUAAAUUGUACAACCAGAAGUUUAGCGGUGAAAUGGGACCAGCCGCUGUUAUGAAUGAUGUUUCUGCCAAUAGCGAAGCUCGCCGUGAAGAGAUGGUCAAACGCGCAGCUACUGGCAUUGAGUCAGCUCAAGUGGCAGUUUAUGACUUCAGUGUUGUUUUCAAUCAAAAACAAAAGGCCGAGUACGUAUUCAGCGCCGCCGUCGCUGACAGUUUCGUGGAUGAUAAGUACCAGGCAGUAAUGUUCUUUGAUUUCAAGCCAUUAGGUUUAGACCAAAUCAAUGUAGUAUACAAGGAAGUCAAACCUAAAAUUGUUGUCCUCAACUUUGAAGAGGCUCUGAAGAACAAGGUUAAACUAACGUCGGAACUAGACAUUAAAUAUGGAAAUUCCGAUAAUAUUCACUUCCAAGGAUUUGGUGAGCGAAGCGAGAAGUAUACGGAACUGUUGAAAAAUGACCCAUUGGCGAAACGAUGCUUGCAACAAGUCAGUAAAGACAACUUCUAUCAGAUGGACUGCUACAAGAUGAUCAUUAAGGCAGGUGCCCCGGACUACUUCAAGUAUAUUGCCUCAUAUAAAGACCUCAAACAGGAAUACUGGAACACGACUUAUAAUGCAUAUGAAAUGCUAAAGGACUUUUACUCUUGGGAACAUGAAGAGCAUUUACUAAAGGCACUAGACGAUGGUAAAAUGGAGAUCGAAAUACAAGCCUAUUACUAUGAUAAUUAUAUAAACUAUAAAUUCACGACUAAGUACGGAGUAUUCAAUUGGAAGAAUGUUCAAGCCUUGGAAUACUUCCCCUAUGCUAUGGCUUACUACGCGCCAAUUUCUGACUGGGAACGAGCGUACAAUGUGUACUAUGGAUACCAACAAAUGCCAUACUGCUCGUUGGACAGCAGUAAAGUCUGGACGUUUAGUGGCCGCAGCUACGAGUACUACCUGACCAGUUCCUGGCACGCAGUGAUGGUCGAUGAGCACCAUGAUGACCUGGUCAUCCUUGCCAGAAGACCCAGUGAGGACCAUGAGGAGGUCUACGUUUCUUACAAGACUAAAGCCGGAGACUACCUAGAACUUGAGAUCAAGCCAUCAGCUGUUGAAGUAAAGAGCAACACGCUGAAGGUGGGCGAAGGUGCUCUGACCACGUACUGGUCAAACGCAGAGAACGUCCCUCUACUGCAGUACCACACAAUGGCUGAUGGUACCCAGAUAUUCUACAUCCACAACGAAGCUCUCCGCCUGGUAUAUGACAAGCAAAGACUCGUCAUCUUCACUGCUGACCACCGCAGUUCCACCUGGGGUCUCUGUGGAAAGAGUACUUCUCAGAGCCGUGAUGACUUCCUGACUCCUUACGGCUUCGUGACCGGUCCUGACCACUACGGAGCCUCCUUCUCACUAGAGGGAGAGUUCAGCGAUCCUUCUACCGUGGAACUGAAGAACGAAGCUAAACUGAAGGCGUACCAGCCUGUCACCAAGUACACUAACAUUCUUCGGUGUGAUGAUGAGUGGAGCAAGAUCAAGAAUUCUGUCAAAGCUUUGUAAGAUCAGAAAUAAAGGAAGGAUUAUAAGAAAGUCAAUCUAGUCUGAAACAAUGAAUGGCGACUAUUUUAUUAAUUUGUUGUAAUAGCUUACUGUACCAGAAUUGGAACUUGAAACUGUUAUUUACCAUGUUUUUCUAUUUCUAACUGGUCAUGGCGCUUGCAACAGUGCUGAACAUAUCGGAAACUCUUAAGACGGGAUAUUUGCCAUGUUUAUUUCAAGUCUUGAGUUGGUGACCGAUAGGUAUUUAAAAACUGUUGUAAUCGCCAUCAUCAUUCUAAUGUUAGAUUGUGUUUAUAUAAGUAAAUCUAUUUUAUUAUAGCAGCACCAUAUUAUGUAUCUCAUAUGUAUAAUAGGUAAAAGUGGAAAGCCUCAGUAUAAAAGUUCAAAUAUUUAAGUAUUAGUAAAUUAAAACAAAAUAAUCCAGUUGCUUUUUUCAAUCGAUUGAAAGAAAUAAAAUUAAAAUAUUUAACUAUUA